AACGUCCUCAAGAUUUCAGCAAAAUGAGUCACCGUAAGUACGAAGCUCCAAGACACGGCUCUCUUGGUUUCCUUCCCCGUAAACGUGCUGCCCGCCACCGUGGAAAAGUCAAGUCUUUCCCUAGGGAUGACCCUAAGAAGCCCGUUCACUUGACUGCUACGAUGGGUUACAAGGCUGGUAUGACGCAUGUUGUUCGUGAUCUUGACCGUCCAGGAUCCAAGAUGCACAAGCGUGAGGUUGUCGAGGCUGUCACAAUCGUAGAAACGCCUCCUUUGAUCGUUGUUGGUGUUGUUGGCUACGUUGAGACUCCCCGUGGACUCCGCACCCUUACAACUGUCUGGGCAUCGCACUUGUCGGACGAGGUCAAACGUCGCUUCUACAAGAACUGGUACCGCUCGAAGAAGAAGGCAUUCACUCGUUACGCCAAGAAGCACGCUGAGGAUAAUGGCAAGUCCACUGCCCGUGAACUCGAGCGUAUCCGCAAAUACUGCACUGUUGUCCGUGUCCUUGCUCACACUCAAAUUCGCAAGACUGGUCUCAGUCAGAAGAAGGCACACCUGAUGGAGAUCCAGGUGAACGGUGGUUCGAUUGCAGACAAAGUCGAAUUUUCGCACAACCUGUUCGAGAAGCCUGUCGAGGUUACCAGUGUGUUUGAGCAGGAUGAGAAUAUCGAUGUUAUUGCCGUUACGAAGGGUCACGGAUUCGAGGGUGUCACUCACCGUUGGGGUACCAAAAAGCUACCACGAAAGACGCACAAGGGUCUCCGUAAAGUUGCCUGUAUUGGUGCUUGGCAUCCUUCGAAGGUCAUGUUCUCAGUUGCUCGUGCUGGUCAAAACGGUUACCACCACCGUACGGAGCUGAACAAGAAGAUCUACCGUAUUGGCGCUGGAACGGAUGAUGGUAAUGCCUCAACCGAAUCCGACAUUACGAAGAAGGCUAUCACGCCGAUGGGUGGCUUCCCUCACUACGGUAUUGUGAAGAACGACUACCUGAUGUUGAAGGGUUCUAUCCCUGGAACUAAGAAGCGUGUCAUCACUCUCCGUAAAUCGCUUAUGGUCCACACAUCGCGUCGUGACCUUGAGAAGGUGCAACUCAAAUUCAUCGAUACCUCGUCGAAAUUCGGUCACGGUUCCUUCCAAACAUUCGAAGAAAAGGCCGCGUUUUUGGGAACGCUCAAGGCCCGAGAUUAAGCACGUUAUCUACUACCCACUACCUAGGCAUCAUGUUUUCCAUACUUUUUUUGCAUGCUAUGCUUUAGUACUGUCAAUGCCACCAGUCUCGCAUGCG